UAAGCUGGCGGAGUCGGUGUCGGUCAUAUGACUGCUCGCUGCUCAACAUGGCUCGCCUGGUGCUGUUUAUGUGUCUGCUGUCCGGAGCUCUUGCCGGGCUCUAUUUUAACGAGAACCAGCCAUGCUACAAACCUAUGCGCCGCGACCGACUGGUGGUGAAGACCGCUCCGAGGCCGCACGAGUACCUGGACGUGGCGGCGCUCCCGAAGGCGUGGGAUUGGAGGAACGUCAACGGAACCAACUACGUCAGCACCACCCGCAACCAGCACAUCCCCCAGUACUGCGGAUCCUGCUGGGCACACGGCAGCACCAGCGCCAUGGCAGACCGCAUCAACAUCCUGCGUAAAGGGGCGUGGCCGUCGUCCUACCUGUCGGUGCAGCACGUGAUUGACUGCGGGGAGGCGGGCUCUUGUCACGGCGGCGACCACACCGGUGUGUGGGAGUACGCUAACAAACACGGUAUCCCCGACGAGACCUGCAACAACUACCAGGCCAAGGACCAGAAGUGUAAGCCCUUUAACCAGUGCGGCACCUGCACCACCUUCGGCGUGUGUAACGUGGUGAGCAACUUCACGCUGUGGAAAGUGGGAGACUUCGGUCCUGUCAGCGGCCUGGAGAAGAUGAAGGCGGAGCUAUACGCCAAUGGACCAAUCAGCUGUGGCAUCAUGGCGACGGAGAAACUGGACGCGUACACGGGCGGCCUGUACUCGGAGUACGUGGAGGAGCCCUACAUCAACCACAUCGUCUCCGUCGCCGGCUGGGGCGUCGACGAGACCGGCGUCGAGUACUGGAUCGUCCGCAACUCCUGGGGGGAGCCUUGGGGGGAGAAGGGGUGGCUGCGCAUAGUCACCAGCAACUACAAGGGCGGCAGCGGCAGCCAGUACAACUUGGCCCUGGAGGAGGACUGCAUGUACGGAGACCCCAUCCUGCCCAAGAACUACAUGUGAACACACACACACACCUUUGUGACCACUGACUUUUUCUAGAGACUCAGGCUGGAGGCUUUGAACAGUACUGUUGAUCUGUUUUUGUGUUUGUCUUGUCUUCACGCUGAGACCGCAGCAGUCGUGGUCUCGACCACUGCACUAUCAGGAAAGGGAAAUCUUAAUCACGUUCUUACUGACCAGCUGCUGCAUGGGGGGCCUGUGUCUGGCCCGUGAAAGGGAUGUGUGUAUGUUGAGGAUUAUGUGCCUGUGCGCGUGUGUGUUGCCUUAAUGCUGUAGUGAAGGGGCCAUGUUGGGAAAUCACCAUGUUGGGGCAUCACCAAGCCGCCUGCCAAAGAUGUUAAGCCAGUAUGGCGGCUUUGUAUCUAAAGCACUUGUAUUCAUGUCAUGUAAUAAAAGCCUCCUUCACACA